UCCCCCAUUGAAACAAAAAAUAGUAGCAAUCAUAACACCCGUGCUCCGAAUUCCUCUAAAAUUACUUCCUCCUUGCUAUUCUUCCCAACUACUACCCUCACAAAUUGAAAGCGAAGCAAAAACGAUCAGACGCAAUGUACGACGGACCCACAACGCAAACCCCUCCCACCACACACCACUAUGGCUACAACUGCUGCGGCGACUUUUCACAACCGGGGAUGGACACGCCUGCUACUGUCGAUCCGAGUCCCCUGAACCUGCUAUCGAGUGCCGCUUCUGCGUUGAGCGCACAAUCCACCCCUGUACCCCCUCGUCCAUCCGCAAACCAUCGUUGGGACGACAGGUCGCCUUCGCCUCCGAUCCAUACCACGAGUCCCUUUUCAAACGGCUCUUCGUCGCCCUCAUCCACAAGAUGUCCUCGUACCAGGAACAAUACCGCUAUCUUGGCAGUCUUUCCGAAGCUGCCUUCCUCCUCGGUGGCGCCUUCGUUUUCGAUGCAACCGGGAAUGGAAAUCAGAGUGAGUCAUCUCCCAAAUAUCCAUCUCCAACCACGUUCCAAAUCAUACACUGAGAUGAAACCGGCUGCCUCCAGCAAGAAAAGGGACUACAAAUACCGCAUGAGAUAUUCCUCUCUCUCCAUGACCAGAGCUGCUGCCCACCGUUACAUAGCCGACUUGGAGCGCGCCUCGAAUUAUGGCUUGCGUGCUGUUGGCAACAGCAGCAGCGGUUACAUGAAUUGCACGAUCUACCCGGAAGCCGAAUACGGUGCCUACAACGCACAUGCCUAUACGAUCCCUUCCCCCGUACCGAUUCGUGCCACGAAAGGCAAUAUAUCUCCGACAUUGUAUCCAUACAAUAGUACUUUCGAACCACACUACCAAACUUAUGUCCAGUAUGGGUAACAAAGGCUCUGACGACACGUAGCACCAUAUGUAUAUACUAACGAAAUUCAGCCCAUCCAGAAUGUUUCAUAAAUGAUUUAAAGGUAGAUGCCAAAACAAAUAUAACCGCCGCUG